GGCUGACACAACUACAGCUGAUUCUACAACAGUUUAUGAUGCAACAACAGUUGAUGUUACAACAACAGUAACUGACACAACUACAAUGGCUGACACAACUACGGCAGAAAAUACAGCAGCUGAUGCUACAACUACAGUGGCUGACACAACUGCAGCUGAUGUUACAACAACAGUUGCUGAUGCAACAACGGCUGAUGUUACAACAGCAGUUGCUGACACAACUACAGUGGCUGACGCAACUACGGCAGAUACUACAGCAGCUGAUGCUACAAGUACAGUGGCUGACACAACUACAGCUGAUGCUACAACAACAGUUGCUGAUGCAACAACGGCUGAUGUUACAACAACAGUAGCUGACACAACUACAGUGGCUGACGCAACUACGGUAGAUACUACAGCAGCUGAUGCUACAACUACAGUGGCUGACACAACUGCAGCUGAUGCUACAACAACAGUUGCUGAUGCAACAACGGCUGAUGUUACAACAGCAGUUGCUGACACAACUACAGUGGCUGAUGCAACUACGGCAGAUACUACAGCAGCUGAUGCUACAAUUACAGUGGCUGACACAACUACAGCUGAUGUUACAACAACAGUUGCUGAUGCAACAACGGCUGAUGUUACAACAACAGUAGCUGACACAACUACAGUGGCUGACGCAACUACGGCAGAUACUACAGCAGCUGAUGCUACAACUACAGUGGCUGACAAAACUGCAGCUGAUGCUACAACAACAGUUGCUGAUGCAACAACGGCUGAUGUUACAACAGCAGUUGCUGACACAACUACAGUGGCUGACGCAACUACGGCAGAUUCUACAGCAGCUGAUGCUACAAGUACAGUGGCUGACACAACUACAGCUGAUGAGACAACAACAACUGCUGAUGCAACAACGGCUGAUGUUACAACAACAGCAGCUGACACAACUACAGUGGCUGACGCAACUACGGCAGAUACUACAGCAGCUGAUGCUACAACUACAGUGGCUGACACAACUGCAGCUGAUGCUACAACAACAGUUGCUGAUGCAACAACGGCUGAUGUUACAACAGCAGUUGCUGACACAACUACAGUGGCUGACGCAACUACGGCAGAUACUACAGCAGCUGAUGCUACAAGUACAGUGGCUGACACAACUACAGCUGAUGCUACAACAACAGGUGCUGAUGCAACAACGGCUGAUGUUACAACAACAGUAGCUGACACAACUACAGUGGCUGACGCAACUACGGCAGAUACUACAGCAGCUGAUGCUACAACUACAGUGGCUGACAUAACUACAGCUGAUGCUACAACAACAGUUGCUGAUGCAACAACGGCUGAUGUUACAACAGCAGUUGCUGACACAACUACAGUGGCUGACGCAACUACGGCAGAUACUACAGCAGCUGAUGCUACAAGUACAGUGGCUGACACAGCUAUAGCUGAUGCUACAACAACAGUUGCUGAUGCAACAACGGCUGAUGUUACAACAACAGUAGCUGACACAACUACAGUGGCUGACGCAACUACGGCAGAUACUACAGCAGCUGAUGAUACAACUACAGUGGCUGACACAACUGCAGCUGAUGCUACAACAACAGUUGCUGAUGCAACAACGGCUGAUGUUACAACAGCAGUUGCUGACACAACUACAGUGGCUGACGCAACUACGGCAGAUACUACAGCAGCUGAUGCUACAACUACAGUGGCUGACACAACUGCAGCUGAUGCUACAACAACAGUUGCUGAUGCAACAACGGCUGAUGUUACAACAGCAGUUGCUGACACAACUACAGUGGCUGACGCAACUAGGGCAGAUUCUACAGCAGCUGAUGCUACAAGUACAGUGGCUGACACAACUACAGCUGAUGCUACAACAACAGUUGCUGAUGCAACAACGGCUGAUGUUACAACAACAGUAGCUGACACAACUACAGUGGCUGACGCAACUACGGCAGAUACUACAGCAGCUGAUGCUACAACUACAGUGGCUGACACAACUGCAGCUGAUGCUACAACAACAGUUGCUGAU